CGUAAGACUCAGUUACCAUGUUAUGAGCUACAGUUACCUUUAUCCCUUAACUUAUUCAAGGAUCGGCUUGCUGUUCUUCACUUCAAAACAUGUUCCAGAUUCGACCUCUAGGUGAAUAUUCAUGUCUAGAGCACACAAGAAUGUUUCGUUUUUUUACUGCAAUCUGUACGAUAAUACUCACAUCUAUAUCUUUGGACAUGGACGAUUAACAGCAUGGAAACGGUUUUCGGAUUGUCAAGUUUUACAGAAGUAUAAUGACGACCGAUCAAUUGACAGCAAAAGAUUUUAGUCAGUACAAGCAGCCAAAUAAAAGAAGAUUUCAAUGUCAGACAAUCUUCCGUUUUACAAUUUAAAUUUUCCAGCGCGCAUCAUCACGGAUUCCAUGGUCAGGGUUUAGAGCCCAGCCUGGGUCACGUGAUGCGCGUGUGCGUGUGUGUGUGUGGGGGGGGUGUUUAUCCGUUGGUGCUGAACGACAGCGAAGUCUCGUCGCGGAGGACACAGAUCCACGAAGACUGGCUGCGAGACGCUCCAAUCGACCCACAUGCCCAACAACUGAAGGACUUUACGUGAAAUCGUCGGGUGGACAGCAACGAUGAUUUCCCCUUGGGACCGGUCGCAGUCCACGGGCUGCUGCCUCUGUUGCCAUGUACGGACGGGCACCAUUAUACUCGGCAUCUGGUACAUGCUCAUCAAUGGUGUGGUGCUGCUCAUUUUGCUGACUUCCCUCGGUGACCCUGACCAGUUCCACCUGACCAGUGCUGAACUGGCCAAUGACCUCGAUGUCAUGGAUGAUGCUAAUAUGUGCAUUGCUACAGCAAUCUCGCUUCUAAUGAUAUUAAUUUGUGGGAUGGCAACCUAUGGUGCUUAUAAGCAACAUGCUGCCUGGAUAAUUCCGUUCUUCUGCUACCAAGUAUUUGAUUUUGCCCUUAAUGUAAUGGUGGCUGUCAGUGUUGUGGUGUACCCCAACACCAUUCAGGAAUAUCUUCAGGAGCUGCCAGGGAACUUCCCGUACAAGGAGGAAUUUAUGUCCAUGAACAGUGCGUGUCUAAUGCUUAUCGUGCUUCUCUUCAUCGGUUGCAUCCUUGGUUUCAAGGCUUACUUGAUUAGCUGUGUCUGGAACUGCUACAGAUAUGUCCGAAGGAGAAGCACCACUGAGGUGUUGGUGUACGUUACUACUAAUGACACUACGGUGCUCCUGCCCCCAUAUGAAGAGGCCGUGGCUAUUCCACCGAAGCACCCCCCUCCCCCAUAUCCUGGGGCAUGACAGAAUGUGCCCCUCCCUUCCCCAUCCCUCCCCCGGUCUCUCAUUUGUGGGCAGGUCUCACUCUCUGAUGCACAGUCCCAGUCUGUGUUAAUCCACUGUACACAACACUAUCACCUUGUUCUCUCUCUGCACCCAGAGAGACAUUUUAAUGCAUCGGUUUCCAUUCACUUUUUACCCACAUUAUGAUUAAUGAUCUAAAGUUAGAUGUUCUGCUGGAUGUGUUAGGUCUUCAGGUAUGAAAUUCAUGUAUAGUCUUAAUUUAAUGCGUAAUCACCGGUCAUGAUAUUGAGAUAUAAACAUAUAUACAAUUUAUAGUCCAGACUUCUCCAAAUUCUACAUUUUCUUUUGUUGCUGCUGAAUGUAAAAAUAUGACAGUUCACCAUGAA